GCGCGCUCUUUUGUUUUAAACAGUGAAUUUCCCAGGACUCCCGUUGGGCGCUCGCCAUCUUGUUUACUUCCGACCAACUGCUCUCCCGUUUUCGACCGCUUUUCUCGCCUGUUCAUCGCUUCCCCUUCUAGAUAAUGGCUGAGGACCUAGACGUAGAGGCUAUGCUAGAGGCCCCGUACAUGCGUGACGAGGUACGAAUAUUGGACCCUCUAAUGACUUUGAUUGUUAGGCAUCGCUCCAGAAGUCGCAGUCAUGAUCGCCGCCGCGACAAAGACUAUGACCAUGACCGUCAUCGUGGUGACCACAAGCAUCGAUCUGGGCAUGAUCGCGAACGUCACAAGUCAUCGCGAUAUGAGGAACCGCGUGAUAGUGAGAAAUCGCACCGGAGCAGUGAACGACGCCAGAAAUCGCCAGAGUUGACUCCUGAAGAGCGCGAUGCUCGGACGGUGUUUGUGUGGCAGCUUUCAGCUCGUAUCCGACAACGCGAUUUGGAGGAUUUUUUCACAUCUGUUGGGAAAAUCCGUGACGUUCGGCUCAUAAUGGAUAACAAAACAAAACGCUCCAAGGGAAUCGCUUACGUCGAAUUUCGCGAAGUCGAAUCGGCCCAACUUGCACUAGGUCUUACGGGGACACGUCUUCUUGGCGUUCCAAUCCAGAUCCAACAGAGUCACGCGGAAAAAAACCGAAUGAAUUCAAUUCCCUCGGUUCCGAAACCUACACAACAAAACAGGGGGCCAAUGAAACUCUACAUAGGAUCGCUUCAUUACAACAUUACUGAGGAGAUGUUAAAAGGCAUUUUCGAGCCGUUUGGAAAGAUUGAUGACAUCAAGCUGAUCAAGGAUCCGGCUACUGGACGUUCGCAGGGAUACGGCUUCGUAACUUAUGCAAACAGUGACGAUGCCAAAAAGGCCCUUGAUCAGCUGAACGGGUUCGAGCUUGCUGGUCGUCCCAUGAAGGUUAACCACGUAACAGAGCGCGGCGAGUAUGCGGCCCUCAGUGCCCUCGACAAUGAUGAUGCUGAUCGUGCAGGUGUGGAUCUCGGGACUACUGGUCGCCUAGCUCUAAUGGCAAAAUUAGCUGAAGGUACUGGACUAGAAAUUCCCAAGGCUGCCCUUGCACAGCUCCACAUCGCUCAAAACAAUCCUGCUCUUGGGUCAGCUAGCGGUAUAAGUUCUUCUUCUGCAGUUGCUCCACCGGUAUGCACUCAGUGCUUCAUGCUAUCAAACAUGUUUGAUCCACAUACUGCAACGCGCACCAUCUUUAACGAAAUACGGGACGACGUUAUCGAGGAGUGCAGUAAGGUCGGCGGGUGUUUGCAUUUAUUUGUGGACGAGACAAGCGCCCAGGGGAACGUCUACGUUAAAUGUCCAAGUAUUGCUGUAGCCACACAGUGCGUGAACAUGUUGCAUGGCCGCUACUUCUCUGGCCGACUAGUUACGGCUGCUUACGUUCCCCUGAUCAACUAUCACCAGUUAUUCCCAGAUUCAGUCACCGCGAAAACACUACUUCGACCUUCCACAUGA